AUGACACCGGCUUCCACCCAUAAGCCUCGAAGAAGGCGAAAAGCCGACGAUGGCGCCCUGGCUCACCCCGCGCACGGCACUGUCAUCGUCGACGCUGCGACAAAGCAGCAGCGGCCAGCGUUCCCCUUAGUCGCCUUUCUGUGGCCAGCGAAGGGAACAGUGUCGCAAUGGGUGCUGCUGCCUCUGAUCGUCAUGGCCGUAGGCCUGUUCCGCUGGACCACCGGCCUCUGGGGCUACUCGGGCUUCCAGAAACCGCCAAUGCACGGGGACUUCGAGGCGCAGCGACACUGGAUGGAAAUCACCACACAUCUGCCCAUGACGCAGUGGUAUUUUCAUGAUCUGGAGUGGUGGGGGCUUGACUAUCCGCCGUUGACAGCGUACCAUAGCUGGCUGCUCGGCAGAAUCGGCAGCAUUAUCAGCCCCUCAUGGUUCGCCCUGUAUACCUCUCGAGGCCUCGACGACCCGCUCCUAAAGGUCUACAUGCGCGCGACAGUCUUCGUCUCCGAAUACCUCGUUUACGUUCCCGCCGUCAUCGUCUUCCUCCGGCGCUACUCCCGCCUCCAGGGCGUCAACACGUGGGAAUACUCCAUCGCGCUCGUCGCGGUGCUUAUGCAACCAGCCACCAUCCUCAUCGACCACGGCCACUUCCAGUACAACACCGUCAUGCUCGGCUUCGUAGUCGCCAGCAUGUCCAGCAUGCUCGCCGGCCGUCUCCUCUGGGCCUGCGUCUUCUUCGUCGCUGCCCUCGGCUUCAAGCAAAUGGCGCUCUUCUACGCGCCAGCCGUCUUCGCCUACCUCCUCGGCAGCUGCCUACAGCCCCGCCUUUACCCCGUCCGCCUUUUCGGCAUCGCGUUCACAACGCUCAUCUCCUUCGCGGUGCUCUUCCUCCCGCUGCUCUUAGGCACAGCCUACGACACCCACCGCAACCUCCCCACCCGCUUCCUCCCCGCGCCCCCGCUCCUCUCAGCCCUCCCAAUCCCCCUCAACGAAAAGGCAUGGCACUACCCCGCCUUGCUCCAGCUCGCCCAAGCCACCCACCGCAUCUUCCCCCUCGCGCGCGGCCUCUUCGAAGACAAAGUCGCAAACCUCUGGUGCGCCCUCCACACCUUCCACAAGCUGCACCGCUACCAGACCCACCUCGUCUCGCGCGCCGCGCUCCUCGCCACCUCCGCCGCCAUCCUGCCCCCGACCGCCAUCCUACUCUGGCGGCCCCGCAGGGCGCUCCUCCCCUGGGCCCUCGCGGCCACGAGCUGGGGCUUCUUUCUCGCGAGCUACCAGGUCCACGAGAAGAACGUGCUGUUGCCGCUGCUGCCUGUGACGCUGCUGCUGGGCGGGGAGGGGGGCCUGCUGCCGAGCACGAGGGCCUGGGUCGGGUUCGCGAAUGUCUUGGGGGCGUGGACGUGUUUCCCGCUCCUGGUGAGGGAUGGGCUUCGGCUGCCGUAUUUUGUGCUCACGGGGCUGUGGGCGUGGUUGCUGGGGGUGCUGCCUGCGUCUGUGGGGGCGUAUAGGCCGCAGGUAGAAGCCAGCAGCAGCGGUAGUGCUGGCACCAGCGCGGGAAAUAGUAGCAGUACCGCCGGCGAGCUGAGCUGGCCGGAGAAAGCGCUACACUUCGCGUUCUAUGCGGGAAUGGUGGCUUGGCACAUAGCGGAGGCGUUCGUUCCGCCGCCGGCAGAUAAGCCGGAUCUGUGGGUCGUGGCGAACGUGCUACUCGGCUGUGGGGGAUUCGUGAUAUGCUAUCUCUGGUCAUUGUGGGGGUUGGUAGUGCGGAGUGGGCUCAUAAAAACAGGCGGAAGCGAUAUUGGGACAGCAAGGCAUGGGCAUGAGAAAAGAGACUGA